AUGGGGCAACAGUUCAGCUGGGAGGAGACAGAGGCGCCUGGCGAGAUGGAUGUGGCUGAGCUCCAGGAGUGGUACAAGAAGUUUGUGGUGGAGUGCCCCAGUGGCACUCUCUUCAUGCACGAGUUUAAGCGCUUCUUCAAGGUCUCGGGCAAUGACGAGGCCACCCAGUACGUGGAGGGCAUGUUCCGAGCCUUCGACAAAAAUGGGGACAACACCAUUGACUUCCUGGAGUACGUGGCCGCCCUGAACCUUGUGCUGAGGGGCACCCUCGAGCACAAGUUGAAGUGGACCUUCAAGAUCUAUGACAAGGACCGCAACGGCUGCAUCGACCGCCUGGAGCUACUGGACAUUGUGGAGGCAAUUUACAAACUGAAGAAAGCUUGCCGGGUGGAGGUGGAGUCGGGACAGCUGUUGACACCCGAGGAGGUCGUGGACAGGAUCUUCCUCCUGGUGGAUGAGAACGGAGACGGCCAGCUGUCUCUGAAUGAGUUCAUUGAAGGUGCCCGUCGGGACAAGUGGGUGAUGAAGAUGUUGCAAAUGGACGUCAAUCCUGGUGGCUGGAUCACGCAGCAGAGGCGGAAAAGUGCCAUGUUCUGAGGGGCUGGGAGUCCUGCCAGGGUCCCUAGCCCCCUUUGAGACUAGUCUCAGUUGUCCA